GAGACGUGACACGGUUAGAAAUGUUCACAAAAACAAGACUUGUCCUUGCGCUUUACCUCUUCAGUUCGCAAAGAAACCAAAAAUAAUGCAGUCCACGUUAAACAUCCAUGGUCUUCCUCUAUGCCUUUCAGGGAUAAUCCACCCUCUUGCUCUCUCUCAUGAGAUCGCAGAUCAUGACCGUAGGAGGAUGGCCAUGAGGAAGCAAAGAUCACUCGCUAGAGAGCGUGUUCAUGCAAAUCAAGAAAUGGGAAGUCAAAUUAACGUUGGAAGAGACUUUUUGGAGGUUAAAGGUGAGAUUGAUUUGUAUGAUCUGUGCCACACUCGCUCGGGUUUAACAGCAAGAGCUGCUUAGCUUCUUCAACAAAAUAUCACUACCAUCACUUGUGCAUCUUGCUUAUUUUUAUUUGUGCCACUUCUCUUCGUAAGUUGUUUUCAAUUUUAUCAUGUCGAUCGAUCUUUUUCUUGUAUUUCUGCUCCAUGAUUAUUAUUUCUCUUGAUGUUGCAUAUAUGCACUGCCCAUUUUCAU